AGGCCCAGGGAGAGCGGCCGCAGCCGAGGUGGGAGGGAGGAGGCCGCCUCACCGCCUCUGGAGCCGGGAAGGGAGCCGGGGCGGAGACGCCAGGGACCCAGGUGGGGGCGGCCCCGGGCCGGGCCCCGCCCCGGCCCCGCCCCUGGCGUCACGGCCUCCCGGCAGUGUCGCCCCGCCCGGCGCUCCAGGUAGCACGGCCGCGGCGCUCCCCAACGGCCGGCGAGCCCGGGAGGGGACGUCCCCACGGCCUCCGCCUCGCGGCCCUCGCCCGUGAUGUCACCAGCGCGGCGGGCCCGGCGUCCCCGGGUCGGCCUCGGGCGCCGGGCCGCGGGCUCCUGAGUCACGGGCUGCCCGCGGCCCCUCCUCCAGCGCUCCCACUCGCGCCGGCCCUCCGCAGGGGCUGGCGUUGGCGCGAGGCUCCGAGGGGGCGGGGGCCGCGGAUGGCUGUGCCCCCUCCGGCUCCUCCGCCGCGCUCGCCCGCGCACCUGGGGAGGCGGGCGCCGCGCGCACGCUGCUCAUGGGGCAUGGAGGAGAAGGCGGCGGCCAGCGCGGGCUGCCGGGCGCCGCCGGGCCCCCCGAGGGCCGGCGCCGUCCCGUGCUUCGGCAUAUCCGUGGACCAGGACGACAUCCUCCCCGGCGCCCUGCGCCUCAUCCGGGAGCUGCGGCCGCACUGGAAGCCCGAGCAAGUUCGGACUAAGCGCUUCACUGAUGGCAUCACCAACAAGCUGGUGGCCUGCUACGUGGAGGAGGACAUGCAGGACUGUGUGCUGGUCCGGGUGUACGGGGAGCGGACGGAGCUGCUGGUGGAUCGGGAGAAUGAGGUCAGGAACUUCCAGCUGCUGCGAGCACAUGGCUGCGCCCCUAAGCUCUACUGCACCUUCCAGAAUGGGCUGUGCUAUGAAUACAUGCGGGGCAUGGCCCUGGGGCCUGAGCACAUCCGUGAGCCCCGGCUUUUCAGCCUUUCUGCAGAUGUCCCCAAGGUAGAGGUGUUGGAACAGGAGUUGGCCUGGCUGAAGGAGCACCUGUCGCAGUUGGACUCCCCUGUGGUGUUCUGUCACAAUGACCUGCUCUGCAAGAAUAUCAUCUAUGACAGCGCCAAAGGUCAUGUACGGUUCAUUGACUAUGAAUAUGCCGGCUACAACUACCAAGCUUUUGACAUUGGCAACCAUUUCAAUGAGUUUGCAGGUGUGAGUGAGGUGGAUUACUGCCUGUACCCGGCGCAGGAGACCCAGCAGCAGUGGCUGCGCUACUACCUGCAGGCACAGAAGGGGAGGGCGGUGACCCCCAGGGAGGUGGAGAGGCUCUACGUGCAAGUCAACAAGUUUGCUCUGGCAUCUCACUUCUUCUGGGCACUCUGGGCCCUUAUCCAGGACCAGUUCUCCACCAUCGACUUUGAUUUCCUCAGGUACGCAGUGAUCCGAUUCAACCAGUACUUCAAGGUGAAGCCUCAGGUGUCGGCCUUGGAGAUGCCAAAGUGACCAGCUUCCUCAGCCUCCCCGCCUGUCUGCCUGCGCAGACCUGUGUCCAGGGCUCUGCCUUGCUCCACGCUCCACACCCUUGGACAAGGUGGGAGAGGGGGCAGGUAGGCAUCCAGGGGGAAGGCUCUGCCCCUGCCACCAGCCCCCUGUGGAUGCUGCUGGAGACCACAUUCUCGUUUGGAGGAGCUCAUAGGACCCAGCUCUGGGGGUCCCCCUUCACCUUGCCAGCCUUGGGAGGAAGUGCCUGUAGCCAGUCACAGCCCGGACCACAGCCACCCUUGGGAAGGCCAGCAUUCCCAGCCCAGGCCAUGCUGGAAUCUGGGCUGCCUUAGAUGUGUCUCUGACCUUUCCGGCUUGAGGAAGGGGAGGGGGGAAGGGCUCCUUUCUACCUCCAGUGCCCUGAGCCUCCAGCCCGUCCCCCCGCAUACCCCACGUGGGAGGUGCUGAGCCCAGACCAGCAUGGUGCCCACUCCGACAGAAAGACGGAUGUACCAAUCUUGGGGGGGGCAGUCUGCAAUUGGUCUGACGGCUCCCCCAGCAGCUGCCUCAUCUGACAUCGUUCCCUUCCUCCAAGUCAGAUCCAAUCCAGUAGCCCCUUCCCAAACCUCAGCCCGAGGACCUCCGUUCCCCAGGACCCUUUCUGCUCUGAGCUUGUGUUCCCUCCCUCUGCUGCCUGCUGGGAGGGAAGGCAAGGGAGUGGUGGCGUCCUGGGCCAGAGCCUGGCUCUGCCUCCUGCUGUGGCUUGGCUGGGGACAUAGCGAGAGUGGGGUGGCUGGACAGCAGCCAGCAGCCUCCUGCCUUGUUUGCUGCCCUGCCCUCCAGGCCCUCACUUCCAAGAAUCUGUCUUUCCGUGUCCACCUUCUGUCCUGAAGUUGACCCAAGGGGUCCCUUGGGAAUGACUGGCAGGAGUAAAGGGGCAGGGACCCGGGACCUCAGGGCCCACCCGUCCUGUGGGAGCCUGGGUAGGAUGAGUAGAGGAGGUGCUGACAGCUCCCACCUCCUGUCUGCCCUCACAGCCCCUCAGGCCCUCCUGCCUCCAUAAAGUGAUGCAUUUGUAAAUUACUGUGGUUUCUGCAUUAAAGUGGCCAUGUCUGGACCA